GAGGCUCUGCUGCUGUCUGCAAGCUGUCUGACCCGCAGGAGAGAUGCGCUACAUUCUGGUGCAAACUGCGCCAACGCUCUGAGGAGCUGCUGCUCAGAGACAGGACUCUACUGCGUUACUUUCCUGUCCAGUUCAUCCGUUGAUGCCUUUGGAUUUGUUAUUCCUAUUAUCGGACAUGAUGUAUGCGGGCGGAAGAUUCUAACGGAACGUUGGCCGGUGGGUUCUGCGUGUCCUUCUAGAAAAGGAGCAGACAUGUAUGCAGGACGCAAGAGGAGAAAACCUGUCCAGAGAGCGGUGAAACAGCCAUCUGCUGAGGGAACCAAGUCAAAUCCGUCCAAACGGCACAGAGACAGGCUGAAUGGCGAACUGGAGCAACUGGCCAGCCUGCUGCCAUUUCCUGAGGAGGUCACUGCUAGUCUGGACAAACUAUCCAUCCUACGGCUGAGCGUCAGUUACCUACGAGCCAAGAACUUCUUCUCUGUUGCCCUGAGCAGUCAGAAGGGAGCCGCUGGAGCCAGAGGGAACAACGAGAAACCAGGAGGUGGAGAGAAGCAGGUGUGUGAAGGAGAGCUGCUGCUGCAGGCUCUCAAUGGGUUUGUCCUGGUUACUACUGCAGAUGGGACCAUUUUCUAUUCCUCUCACACCAUCCAGGACUACUUGGGCUUCCAUCAGACUGAUGUCAUUCACCAGAGUGUGUAUGAGCUUGUCCAUACAGAGGACCAGCAGGAGCUGAGAAGAAACCUGCACUGGGCUUUGAAUCCUCCCCAGGAUGCAGCGUCUGCCAUGUCCCAGGACUCCCCUCAAGAGAUGGAAGCUGACAGCAGCUCUUCUUUGGUCACCUACAACCCCAAGCAGCUUCCACCAGAGAAUUCCUCCUUCUUAGAGAGGAAUUUUGUGUGUCGCUUCCGCUGCCUGCUAGAUAACUCCUCUGGCUUCCUGGCUCUGAACAUCCAGGGCAGGCUCAAGUUUCUGCAUGGACAAAACCAGCAGCAGGAAAAUGGAGGGAAAGGCACGACUCAACUUGCCCUUUUUGCCAUCGCAACUCCUUUGCAGCCUCCGUCCAUCCUGGAGAUCAGGACCAAAAACAUGAUUUUCAGGACUAAACACAAGCUGGAUUUUACACCCUUGGGCUGUGAUGCUAAAGGGAAAAUUGUUCUUGGGUACACUGAGGCUGAGCUACGAGUUCGAGGAUCUGGCUAUCAAUUCAUCCAUGCAGCUGAUAUGUUGUACUGUGCUGAGAACCAUGUCAGAAUGAUAAAGACAGGGGAGAGUGGACUGACUGUGUUCAGGCUCCUCACCAAAGAGAAUAGCUGGAAAUGGGUCCAGGCCAAUGCCCGGCUGGUGUACAAGAACGGCAAACCAGACUACAUCAUCUCCACCCAGAGGCCACUUCUAGAUGAAGAGGGAGGAGAACAUCUGCGUAAGCGCUCCAUACAUCUCCCCUUUACCUUUGCCACAGGUGAGGCCUUACUGUACCAGUCCAACCACCCCAUCGCGGGCUUCAUCGAUGGAAGCCAGGAGAAAAACAGCAGCAAGUCCAAGAAAAGCCGAGCUGAAAGGCUGGCAAGGGAUGGCUUGGAUCCUGGUUCUCUUCUUGGGGCUCUGAUGAGUCAGGACCAGUCUGUAUAUGUUUGCCAACCCAAAACAGCCUUUCACAGCAGUUUUGUUGGAGAGCAGAUAAACUUCUCUGUCUCUGAACCUUCAAGGCAGAGCCAGAGUUGGCAUGUGCCUCAUAAUGGUGUUUUGGAGCCAGGCAUUUCAGAACCCAGCGUCAGCUUUGACCCACUACUAGCUACCCUGGAUUCUCUUACCCUGGAAGGUCAGGGUGUGGUGGAUGCAGAGGAUGAGAGCUGUUCCAACAGUGAGCUGUUUGGAGCUUUGGAAGGGCUGGGUCUUAGUGCUGAGGACCUGGAGCUGCUGCUCCUGGAUGAGCGAAUGAUCAGGGUGGAGAUGGAUUCUGACCGUGUGCCUACGUUGGAUGACCUGUUGACAAAUGAUGAAAUCCUCUCAUAUAUCUACAACUGUAUUGAAGGUAGGGCUGUUUCCAUGGAGCAUGGGAGACAGGCACUUCCUAGAACAACAACAUCGAUCCCUACCACAGUGUCGGCAUCUGAACGUAAUCCUAGAUCUGGUGCUGAUGUGCAGAUGCAUUUUCCUCACUGUAAGCCUUGCCUGGUGAGGCAGGCUCCUAUUGUGCAGCUGUCACAGCAGAUGCAGCAGCACCUCAACAUGCAAAAAGGCAGAUUUGGCCAUGAUUGGAGCCAGCAUAGUGACCAGCUGACUAAUGGAGAGCUGCUAGGGCAUAAUACAGCCCUCCACAAUGGACACUUGACAGCUCAGGACACUCUCAUCCGUGCAGGAUUGCAUCUCCAACACACAAACACUCAGCAUGUGGUUUUCAGCAACAAGGCCACAGAGCUGGAUGGGCAGUUUCUCCAGCAGCAAAUGCACCAACAGUUCCAACAUUAUCAGCAGAAGCAGCUCUCCGAGCACUGCCAUGUCCAACAAAGGUCAACCACUCUCAAUGGAAUGUGUGACUCCUUCUCCAACUGGUCUACAACGAAACCCCAGUGGCAGGAUUUGGGUUUCACUGAAAGUCCUGGUAAUGACCCCUAUCCUGACAACAGCCAGAAACCUGAUGCAAUCACUUCUUUAGACUUGUGCACUAAUUACAGAAUGGCAGAACUGCCAAAUGUGGAUUCCACGGUCAGUGGAAGUGUUUUGUAUGGGACGGUUGGACAGCAGGACAGAAGUGAGCUCACAGUUUCAUCUUUUCAGCAACAGCAAGGAGAGAUCGCUGUCCCCUUCACUCAGUGCCCACUCCCCAAAACAUCCCUGGAGCUGAUCGUGGGAGUUAGAAAACCCUGCAGUCAGCCGGAACAUAGUGAAAUGAUGAGCUCCGAAAUUGGCGACGACACAAGUAAUAGUAAGAUGAAAGGCUGCAUCCUGGACACUUCCUAUUCUGGAGGCUGUAUUUUGCCCAACGAGAAUGGAGCAGCGCCCCCUGCUGUCAAGGUGGCCAGUUCUGAGACUAUACCUCAAGUACCUGACUCACAAGCCAGCGGCUACUACCUCUGACCAAGUCAUUAUCAUGUAGCAGGACAGUGUGAAGAAGCAGAAACACAGAGUGACUGUAGCAGCCUUAUGCAUACAAAGAACAUGUCUUUUUUUCUGUUCUUCUAUUUGUGUGUACCAUAUUCUAACUCAUAUUAGCACAAGUUUGUUGUUUACAGUCUUGAAGUGAAGAGUCUAAGUUAUGUUGAUGAGUCAAAAUGAGAAUGAUGUCAAGGUGAAUUCAGGAAUGUGUUCAAAUGUCAUUAACAUGAUUAACUAGUUGAAGCUGAAUAUCAGCCGACAUGUGACGAUUCAACAAGUUCAAAUGAACAGAGGGAAAUCUGUUGUUAGAUUUUAAUUUCAGCAGAUCUUUUGUGUGUAUUUUCCUUGACAAGGCACGAAACUGAGAUUUGGUCAAUCCAGAUAGUUGAAUAUCAAGAAUGCACAGUGAUAUCUAGAAAGACUAAAUUUAAAGUAACACCACUUCAAUAAGCUCCAGCUGUCCCCAAACUGUGCAGUAUUUAUUUUUCCUCCAGAGCCGCUGUGGACCUGUGUUCACUUCCUCCUAUCCAGGUGGGAUGUGCAGACCGUCACUUAUUACUUGUUCCUCCUGGUGAAGAUAUUUAAAUCCAUCUAUUAUUGAAACAGCGUGCUCUCAACCUGGACAUUUUAGAAAAAAAGUCUACUUUUAAUUUAAAUACAUUUAUUUGCUGUUAAAAAUAACUUUUUUAACAUAAUAAUGGGUGGCACAAUUACUGGUACUAAAAAUAGUCUCUUUAGAGUAAAUUUAACUGAAGCAUUUGGUCCUACCAUCACAAAUAUAAAGAUGUACAGUCUUGUGAACGCUACUGAGACUUUAACUAGGACUGUGUGCAUUAAUCAGUCUAAGAUGUUUUAAAUUGAAGCAAAUUCUAAAUAUGUGGAAAAACUCCUGAGGCCCAACGAGUUUUAGUUGAGGAUCCAUGUUGCUGUGGGCUGGUUUCUCUGGUGGACUCUACCAGUAAACUGGUAAUACCUCAUCACUGGAUUUUUGAUCCACCUUUUCUAAGUCGGGCAUCACAGAAAAGGUUCAACAGGCAAAAAUACCCUGUGUCAGUUGCCACCUCAUUUCCAAGAGCUAAACCUUGAUCUGAAGAGAAGAAAGCAUCAUGGAGGGCCGAGAGGGAGGGUCAAAGGUCGCUGUCUAAACGCUCCAGCCUUGUGAAGCAUUAAAGGUGAAAACUAAGUCUUCUACGUGAUCUACCAAAUAGUAUUAAUAGCAGGACACCAAUCGUUGCUCUACAGUGAAUUUGUUAAAAACAAUCAUUUUUUGACUCGCUGUUUGUUUCUCCACUGAAUAAAUGAACUCACACUGGAGGAUUUUCUUAUUGUGAAAUUAUGCUGCUGAAAUAUAACUCCAAUUAUACACAUCUAUACUAACUUUAUAAAUCCCUCCUAGCAGUGAAAUAUAUGUACCAUGAUGAUGGGACUUAGAUCUGUAAACCUAGAUGCUGCUCAGAUAUCGAGGAUUCAUAUCAGCUGCUUAAGGUUUUCUAUGUGUUUGCAGGGAAACAGUGAGACGUUGUUCCCUAGAAAUGCUGCUGAAUGUAGAAACUAACAUCUGGCAAAUUCAGAUAGGUUUCUGCACGCAUUUGCCAUCUUCAGUCUUAACAAAACCAUUCAACAUAUUUCUUUGGUAAGCCCUUCCAUCACACUGGGAGAAUGUCAUGUAAGAAUAUUCUCUAAAUGUUUGGCAUUUAGAAAUAUGGAUGGAGAAAAUGAUGAAUAGAAAUACUGAGCACUUUAUUUCAAGCAAUGCUGUUAUAAUGCUGAGUUUCUUUUGGAAAACAUCAAGUAUUCUUGUUUUGAGGACCACUCUGGAGGAUUUCUUUUCAUCACAAUCUGAAUGCUUCAAUAGAGUUUUUUCUGUUGGAUUUUCUUUUUUUGUGUUUACUUAUUAUUGCAAACAGUUGGAUGUGUUUUCCUCCUGUCCCUGUAAUUCCUACCACUGCUGGAUGUUGUGGACCUGAUUUGAGGAAAUUAUCUGUACAAGGAAAGUAGAAAAUGAUCCUUCUCUUCUAACAUGGAGUAGCUCUUGCCCUCCAGAAAGACUUAAGUCCAGACACAUGAGUUAAAAAGUCAGUUAACCCUUUUAAAAGAAUAGUCCACAAUUUUUCCAGGUCAUCUUAUUGUGAAGAGAUGAAGAAGGACAUAAACACACUAAAUGUCUAAUUCUAAAUAUCUGCCCCCCAUGUCUUACUUUUCUUCUUUGUAAUUAAAUCAGGUGAACCCUUAGGAGAUUGUAAGAUGUAAUAAACCAAAUGGUGAACAUAGACUUGAUACCACAUAUUUAUAUCCACAGUAUAAAAAAGACAGAACCUUUUUUUCCCCAGAGUCUGACAUUAAAUCAGAUUAAACGUUACUGUUUAGGCCAAUACAGUUUACCAGAAUUAGUUAUAUUUAUUAAAUGCCAGAAGUCUGAGAUCAUUUUUUCAGGUUUGUUAGCUGCUUUGCUCUCACACACCUGUUUAGAUGCACCCACAACUUUUACCCCAUGAGUCUAUAGGGCUCAUUUCAUUGUGGAUAAUUGUGUGGUUUUCAGCUUUAGCCAACAUGUUCACAAGUUCUUUCCUCUUCUGCUGUGGAGCUGAUCCACACAUUUCACAUCAAAACACAGUCAUCUCUAGAACACAGAACCUGCUACAUGACAGGACAUUCGCAUGGUUUUUAUUGUUCUUAAGAGAAGAAAUGCAACCCUAACCCAUAUGAACUAGACUUAAUGAGAUCCACAAUUCUCUUCUGUUGGUUUCACUGGGUGUUUGAGGUGUGAAUUACUUCAGUUUAACUUAAAUGCUGUAAAUUAAACUAUGAGAACCUUAUGAAACUAUGGCAUCAUUGUCUGGGCUUUCCAAUUCCCAGGCAAAGUAAAUUCAGUAUAAGUAAAGUUCUGACUUUAAAGAAAGGUAAUAUAUUUCUAUACUUUCUCACUAUUCUGGUAUUUUAUGCAUUGAAACAUUCUUGGUGACCUUAACUGACCCAAAACAGGAAAGGUUUUAAUGUCACACUCUAAGGAAAAAAGAAGGUUCUUCAUUUUUUUGUACAGUCUGUGUCAGUAUCCGAUUGGUAGAUGGAUUCUGGAGGGAAGCAGCUCUGAAUGUCUAGGAAAACCCAGGAAAACGACUGAAACUUGUAGCUGAAGAGAAUUAUUCAGAUUAGCGAAAGAUGCUAAAAGAGAUUUCUUCCACUUAGUAAUUCAGUUAAUAAUAAGGAUAUGCAUUAAGAAUAUUAUUAUUGUUUCUAAUGAGAUGGUGCACAUAUGGAGAUGUUAGCAAGUCAGUUUGCUGUACUUAAUAAACUUUGCAAAAUUCUAACAAUGUGAAAAAAUUGUGUAUAUUAAGAAGUUACUGGUAUGUACAUAAUUUUAUGUUGAGUCUAAUUUGGAGCACUAUAUCAAAGUCAUCAUUUGUUUUGUAUUUGUAAAAGUUCUCAUGAUAAAGCUGAUUCUGUGACAGCCUGAAAACAGUGCCAUACAGCAGAGCUUUGUGUCAGUAGGCUGAGUUGUUAUAGAGCCUGAAUCUUUUGUAGCCACAGGAAGUUUCAAAUGAGGGGGCUGUGGAUCGUUACUGUGAUCACUCUGCUCUCUUUUUCAUUUUUCCUCUUGGACUAAAACCGUUUGUGCAGCUGUGGGACUGCUCACUCAUACUUCACCAUCUCUGAAUGCUCCUGUUUGUUGUUCACAUGAGAGGAAGCAGCAGGAGUCUCCAUCCACUGUCAGACUCCUUGCUGUGGAUCCCUGAAAUGAAAAGGUGCUAUGUGUCCCAGCAUCAAUAAAUCAUUACCACAU